UCUCCUCUGUUCCCCAUGGAGCACAACCCACUGCACUACCCUCAUUCGAACUCUUCCUCCUCUUCUUCUUCUGCUUCUUCUCCUUCCUCCAUUGCCGCUUCUCCACCGAGCUGCAGCGGAGGCGCAGUUGCAGCAGCAGCAGCCGUUGCAGCCAACAAGAGGAGGAGGGAAUCUGCAUCAUCUGAAGAGGAUAUUAAUGGCGGCGCCGGCAAGGGGGCGUGCUCCUACCGCGGGGUGAGGAUGCGGAGCUGGGGCAGGUGGGUCUCGGAGAUCCGCGAGCCGCGGAAGAAGACCCGCAUCUGGCUCGGCACCUUCGCCACCGCCGAGAUGGCGGCGCGCGCGCACGAUGCCGCCGCGCUCGCCGUUAAGGGCCCAGCCGCCGCCGUGCUCAACUUCCCUGAUCUCGCCCCUCGCCUCCCCCGCGCAGCCUCGGCCUCCCCCGGCGACGUCCGCGCCGCGGCCGCCCUCGCCGCGGUCUUCCCCGAUAACAAUGGCCGCGGCCACGACGACCCCCACGACGGUAAGGUCGACGGCGCCAAUGGCGACGAAGAAGGACUCUUCGACCUCCCCGAUCUCUUUCUUGACAUAAGCCACGAAUUCUGUUACGAUUCGUUGUCAACGUGUCUGCCGACGUCCUGGGUCGCUGCCGGCGGCCAUAUAGAGUUUGCGGCGGCGGCGGAGGCGGAGCAAUUCUUGUGGGACUUUUAA